AUACAAUCAAAAAACACAUGCAGCUCAAUUUAGCCCAAUUCGCAUCCAAAAACCCUACCCCUAAAACCUCCUGAAACACCGCUCGAACUCUUCCCCUCCGUCCGACAUUUCUUUCGAUGUGCGUCGCACAGUACAGACCUCACUGCUCCAAGAAUCUCUGCUUCAACUGGUGACACAGAGCUCAAUCACAUAUUCGACCAUGAAAGGAAGAACCCUGAAGAAGAAAAGACCAUCCUCUCAGUCGGCGAAAGGUAAGGGUAGCAAUAAGAAGCGGGGUUCCUCCAUCAACGAGGACUCGUUCUUCGAAGCCGCCGAGCAGAAACGGCGCCGAAAGUUCGGCACCGGCGGAGAUGAAGAUAUCGCGAGCAGCGACGAUGAAGGUUCGGAAGGAGAGGGGGAGGAGGAGGAGGAGAAGGAGGAGGAGAUAGAGGAGACGCCGGCGGAGAAGAAGAAGCGGCUGGCGGAUGCGUAUUUGAAGUCGCUCAGAGCAAAGGAAAGGAAGAAAGAAGAAGAAGAUGGGUCCGAUGAGGAUGAUGAAGGGCGGAGAGAGAGAGAAGGGGAAAUGGAUUCGCUCAUUGCCAAGAGUUUGCAGCAGCAGCAGCUCGAGGAUAGCGGCCGUGUCCGUCGAGCCAUUGCCUCUAGGGUUCAAAAACCAGAACCUGGUAAAGCGUUUCAGUUUCUAGUGAAACACAGGCAACCGGUGACAAGUGUAGCUCUUUCUGAGGAUGACUCGAGAGGAUAUUCAGCUUCCAAGGAUGGUGCCAUUGUUCAUUGGGAUGUUUGCAGUGGAAAAACUGAGAAGUAUGUUUGGCCUUCUGAUGAAGUUUUGAAAUCUAAGGGUGUAAGGGACCCACAAGGCCGAGCAACAAAGCAUAGUAAACAUGUUUUAGCAUUGGCUGUUAGUACAGACGGUCGAUAUUUGGCGACUGGAGGUUUAGAUCGUCAUGUUCAUCUGUGGGAUGUUCGCACACGCGAUUAUAUUCAGGCUUUUCCUGGACAUAAAGGACCUGUAUCCUGCUUAACAUUUAGGCAAGGGACUUCAGAACUCUUCUCAGGUUCAUUCGAUCGUUCUAUCAAGAUUUGGAAUGCAGAGGAUAGAACUUACAUAAACACGUUAUUCGGUCAUCAGAGUGAGGUGUUAACUAUUGACAGCUUGAGAAAAGAACGUGUAUUGACUGUUGGACGUGACCGUACUAUGCACUUAUGGAAGGUUCCAGAGGAAUCACAAUUAAUCUUUCGAGCUCCAGCGGCUUCACUCGAAUGCUGUUGCUUUAUAAGUAAUGACGAAUUCUUGUCGGGUUCGGAUGAUGGAAGCAUUGAGCAUUGGAAUGUUCUACGCAAGAAGCCUGUCCAGAUUGUGAAAAAUGCACAUGCGUCAUUUAGCGAAAACAAUCUCGAACCGAGUAAUUAUGAAGGACUAGUAAAUGGCCACAAAGAUAAUGAAGUCCAAGAGUCUCCAAAACUUGGUUCGACAGCUUUGUCAUGGGUCAACUCAGUUGCUGUGUGUAGAAGCAGUGAUCUUGCUGCAUCUGGAGCUGGAAAUGGUUCAGUACGUCUUUGGGCAAUUGAGAAUGAAUCCAAAGGAAUUCGUCCUUUAUUCGAGCUCUCCCUGGAUGGAUUUGUAAAUUCGUUGGCAUUUGCUAAAUCUGGGAGAUUCCUGAUCGCUGGAGUUGGGCAGGAACCACGGUUAGGGAGAUGGGGACGUGUUGCUACAGCCAAAAAUGGAGUUGCGUUGCACUCACUGGAACUAUCAUAAACACUAACAAUUCCAAUUCAUUUGUCCCGAUAUAGAAAAAAAUUAUCGAGAAUGUAGACGAAAUGAGUGUUACAGUUUACAAUUGCGAAACAAGUACUUGUCAGACAGUUCUUUGCAGUUGUGUCAAAUGACUUGCAGAUGCUUGAAAUCUGGAGAGAUAAGGAAACACUCCCAGGCGUGUGCCUAUGGUUCUGAACUAUUCGGACUUAAUUCUCAUUUGUGGCAGAUAUUGUUUGUGGGUAGUGUUUUUUAACAAAUGUGAAGUAAAAGAUCACGAAGUUAGAGUUCGAUUUGCUUACAGUUUCAGUUUUUCUCCUGUGAACACUAAGUUACAGUCCACAUGUUUCUGCUGCACUAAAUUUUGUUUUUCUGACGUUUGGUUUCUCUAUCUGUUGGGUUGUUUUUGUUUUGAAUUUUGUAAGUCCAGGUUUUUGUAAUAUUACAUAUUCUUAUUGAGAAUUAUGUUGAAUGUUUUUUAACUUUUUCUGUUUUUCCUGAGCUUAUUUCCGUUAAAACGAACUCAACGAAGGCUGCAAAGCAAGCUGGCAAGAAACUCGAUAACACAACCACAGUAGCUUUGGGUGAAAUCAAAGUAUAAAAUCCAUAAAUUCAAGUAAAGAAGUAAGAACCAUAGAAAACUAGCACAAGAGAAG